AUGAACGCACUGCCAUACUUCAUAUAUGGUCCGGGCACACACCUACUCUACGACGAUAGCUUACUGUCCCAAUUGAGUCGCAAUACAACCCGUUAUGAGUUAUGUGCGGCCAAUCACACUGACAUCGACUGCGACACUGGAAAGCACUCGACUGUAUGGGCGGCUGUAGUGCUCCUAUGGUUCUGCUGUCUUGUUAGGGGACUGGGAUUUACGGCAUAUUUCGUAAUAGGCUUUCCUUAUAUUGACGAUAAUGUAAGCAAGAACAAUUCGGCCCUUUAUUUGAGCUUAGUAUCUGCUCUGAGACUCGUGGGUCCAGCCGGGGUUAACCCGGGAAUUUCCAAGCGAGAUCCUAGAUUUAUAGGAGCAUGGUGGAUUGGUUUUCUAGUCAUUGGCGGUCUAUUAUUCUUAGUCAGUCUCCCAAUGUUUUUAUUCCCAAAACAACUCAAAACAGCAACUGUUAAGGCCGUGGAUAAUGCAAACGAUAUUAAAGGUUUCAGUGGUAUUGUGAAUGUGAUCAGGCGUUUAGCUACAAACCGUUUCAGACAGACCAGUUCCGGCGCCAGUUUCCUCACUGGUACCACAUCUGUACUACCCAUGGCUAUCGGUAUUAUAUUGGGAGGGGUUAUGAUUAAGUUUAUAAAGCCCCGACCCCUCACACUUAUUAUAUUCAUGUUUGCUGUCGAGUGGUUUUAUAAUGGA